GUGCAGUUUGUAAUCACUGCGGUUUCUCUGUUUCGGCUAUCCUGAUUGGCCAGUGGCUCUAAAUAUAAUUUCCGGGUCAGCAGCUACAGGUUGCUAAGAAGUUGGCGCAGAUGACACGUCAGCUGGCUGGAAAACAAGCACAAACUGCGACACCUGCUUAUAAAGCACAAUGUCAUAAACCUCCGCGCUGCAUUUAAGCGCGCACUGCCGACUGUUACUGCAUUACAGUCGCGAAGGUUCACUGAAGAAGAAGACUGCAGCUGUAGCAUCACGCAUGCUGAGAUUGAGAGCGAGUUCAGCAUCACUCCUUCUGGACUCAUCCGACACGACCCACACAAGAUGAUCGGCCCAGCAGCGCGGCGUUAUCGUGGAUGAGAGCGAGAGCUUACCGGACCGGUGCUUUUGUCUUCCGCAUCCUACUGGACAUGUCGUCCCCGUCGCCGGUGCAGAUCAGAGAGGCGAACGCGCACCUGGCAGCGCUGCACAGGCGGGUCACAGACCUGGAGCAGAGGCUGGAGGAAGCGGAGAAAACCGUGCGGGAGCAGGCCGAGAGUCUCAUCCGCAAAGAUGAGCAACUGAGAGCUGCCACGCAAGAAAUCACGGAGGCCAAGGACAAAGAAAUUUUCUUCCUCCACGAGAAGCUUUGUCAAUCAGAGGAAUCCAUCCAUAAACUCAACCAAACGUUUAAAGAAAAAGAUUCUCUAAUCGCACAGUUACAACACCGAUGUCAGUUGCUGGACAGCAUUUGCAAAAGCCGUCCAUUACUGGACAGCAUGCUGGCCCAGAUGGCCGAGGCAGAGAGAACGGGGAAGCCCACGACCAACAGCUCUUUCACGGACGGAGAGUCCAACUGCAGCCCCAGCCGCCUCUCCAACCACAAAGACUUCUCCCUCAGCGAGGACGACUCUGACGAUCAGGAAUUAGAUGGGGUUGUGUUUGGGACCACAGUAUGAGAGUCUCAAUUCAACUGCUCCUCAUCUCAGGUUUAGCAGCCUGUGUGCUUUGAUAGUUACAAUUGAUUCGAUGUCUGGUUAAAAUAUCCAUUGUAUCAUAAUGCGGGUUAAUGGAGUGUGAAUGGGAUUCUACUGUAAAGAGAGAAUGCCUGGUCAAUUCUGGUUAAAUCAAUGUGCAAAUUGAUGCAAGUAUGCCACAUAUCUUAUAGAUUUGUCCCUCAGACCGCUUCAGUUCUUCUCAUUACUGAAUGGAACAGGCGUUUUUUUAGGUUCAGUUUAAGAUAGUUGUUUUAUUUUGGUUGUUAACUUGUUUUAUUCAUCCCUUUUUAACUUUAAAUUUGCAUAUGCUGUGAUAUUUUUCUCAGCUGUUUAUACCUUAUGGAUUUAUUGCAUGACAUGAAUAUUAGAGAAGAAUGUUUUUAAAGUUUACAUUGAAAUUACCUGUUACAGGCAGUCCACCUGCUGUUUUUUUUAUCCAGUCCUGUUUUACAAAGAGCAUCUGGGAAAAUGUUUUGGAGAUGCAAUAUACUCUGAUGUUGCAUGCUUGCUGUUUUGUUGAUGCCUCUCGGUGAACAAUUUCAGCAGUCAUUGACAAUGUACAAAUGACCCUUGGCCUCAAACUCCCAUAUUAAAAUGCAACACAAUAUUUUGCAUAUCUAUGCUGGAAAGCAUAUUUAAAGAAAUGGUUUACCCCACAUUUUAAAUCUUGUCUUUUACUCAGCCUCAUGUCCUGACAGGGUUCCAAACCUCUAUUACUUCCUUCUGUAUAACACAGCGGACACUUUGAACAAUGUUUGGAUCCAAUG